AGAGAAGGCGGACGCUAAUAAAUUCGUGUUAUUUUUUGUUCGCUAUUAUGUAAAUAUUAUGUCGUACAAGAGACAUAUUUAAUUAUUUAUUUCAGGGUAGAGCGUCUCGGUGCGCAAGAAUAUUUGCGUUGCUUAGCUAGUCAGUACUAAAACUGAGAAGCGUCUCGUGCUAGUUAGCCUAGCUUGUUAGCUGCUGCGUAAAGUGUUGUGAUUGUGUGAACAUGUGAGUGCAAAGUGUUGUGAUUGUGUGAACGUGUGAGUGUAAAGUGUUGUGAUUGUGUGAACGUGUGAGUGUAAAGUGUUGUGAUUGUGUGAACAUGUGAGUGUAAAGUGUUGUGAUUGUGUGGACAUGUGAGUGUAAAGUGUUGUGAUUGUGUGAACAUGUGAGUGUAAAGUGUGAUUGUGUGAACGUGUGAGUGUAAAGUGUUGUGAUUGUGUAAAAAUGUGCGAAAGAACGAUAGCAAAGUAUGAGGAGGAACUUUCUAGAACAAAAGAGGAGAACGAGAGACAACUACUGGAUGUUUAUUAUAAGAAACAUCAAGUUGUGUUACACAAAACAGACGUCCAGCAGCCCCCCCACAUUGAAGAGGAAGAGGAGGAUCCACAUAUCCCCCACAUUAAAGCGGAAGAGGAAGAAUGUAGGGUCACUCAGGAGGGAGAGUGUCUUCUAGGGCAGGAGGAGGAUGAUCUCACCAAGUUUCCACUGACUGUUGUCUCUGUGAAGACUGAAGAGCAUGAAGACAAACCACCUGAGUCCUCACAGCUUCAUCACAGACCAAACGUCCAGCAGCCCCCCCACAUAAAAGAGGAAGAGGAGGGUCCACAGCCCCCCCACAUUAAAAAGGAAGAGGAGCAAGUGUGGAUCACUCAGGAGGGAGAGUGUCUUCUAGGGCAAGAGGAGGAUGAUCUCACCAAGUUUCCACUGACUGUUGUCUCUGUGAAGACUGAAGAGCAUGAAGACAAACCACCUGAGUCCUCACAGCUUCAUCACAGUCCAAACGUCUGUGAAGAACAACUUCUGCCUGAAAAACAGGAGAGUAGCUUCAGGAUGGUGAAGGAGGAUCCAUCAAAGAGGAAGACCAGGCGCCACGGACCCUCUGGCGUCUCUUUUUCCUCUUUGACACAGACCCUUCCCUGUAAAAAGGAAGAGGAAGACUCACUGAGACCCCACAUUAAAGAGGAAGAGGAUGAACACAACAUCGGUCAGGAGGGAGAGCAUAUUGAAGGACCGGUGGCGUUCCCAGUGAUUGGUGUCCCUGUGAAGAGUGAAGAUGAUGAGGUCAAAGGUGAAAGUGAGGAGAAGAGAGAGGCGGAGCCUCAAAGCAGCAGCUCAACACAACACAUGACAACAGAAGCUGAUGGAGACCACUGUGGAGGAUCACAAGCAGACAAGCUCUUAGCUCCACUAUCAGAUAGUGAGGACACAACGUCACACUCUCCUGACACUGAUGAUGAAGACUCUAAAGAUGAUAAGACAUGUCACACUGACAACACUCAUUUGAAAUGUUCUCACUGUGACCAAACCUUUAAAUACCAUUGUCAUCUGAAAAGGCACAUGAGAAUACACACUGGUGAGAAACUAUUUUCUUGUUCAAUCUGUGGCUUAUCUUUUACAAGAAAGCAAACUAUGACACGUCACACAAGAACACACACUGGAGAAAAACCUUUUUCUUGUUCAAUCUGUGGCUUAUGUUUUACAAGGAAGGAAAGUAUGAAAGAGCACACAAGAACACACACUGGAGAAAAACCUUUUUCUUGUUCAAUCUGUGGCUUAUCUUUUACAAGAAAGCAAACUAUGACAGAUCACACAAGAACACACAAAGGGGGAAAACCUUUUUCGUGUUCUGUGUGUGAUUCAAGGUAUGUACGAAGUCGAGAUUUGAAAAAACACCUGAAAAGACACACUGAUGAUGAAGACUCUAAAGAUGAUAAGACACGUCACACUGACAACACUCAUUUGAAAUGUUCUCACUGUGACAAAACCUUUAAAUACCAUUGUCAUCUGAAAGGACACAUGAGAAUACACACUGGAGAGAAACUAUUUUCUUGUUCAAUCUGUGGCUUAUCUUUUACAAGAAAGCAAACUAUGAUAGGUCACACAAGAACACACACUGGAGAAAAACCUUUUUCUUGUUCAAUCUGUGGCUUAUGUUUUACAAGGAAGGGAAGUAUGAAAGAGCACACAAGAACACACACUGGAGAAAAACCUUUUUCUUGUUCAAUCUGUGGCUUAUCUUUUACAAGGAAGGAAAAUAUGAAAGCACACACAAGAACACACAAAGGGGAAAAACCUUUUUCGUGUUCUGUGUGUGAUUCAAGGUAUGUACGAAGUCGAGAUUUGAAAAAACACCUGAAAAGACACACUGGGGAAGACAUUUUUAAAUGUUCUGUGUGUAAUUCAAAUUUUGUCCGAGGUGAACAUUUGAAAAUCCACAUGAGAACACACACUGGAGAAAAACCUUUUUCCUGUUCAAUGUGUGAUUCAAGUUUUGCACAAAAUCGAGAUUUAAAAAGUCACAUGAGAAAACACACUGGAGAAAAAGUGCUGAGUUGCAGUGUGUGUGAUGAAAGAUUCUCUCAUGAGUACCAACUUAACAAACACAAGUGUGCUGGUGAGAACAGCAGCAGUAAAAUAGAAAAGUGCUCCGCAGACCUCCACCAGGCCAAAUCCCCCAGUAGUAAAGAAUCCUUCAAAAGAAGGCUGAAUCCAAAUGAUGAUCAGGAUCAACACCCAAAUCUAACUUGUUCCUUAUCCCAUUUCUGAAAUGUCCUAAAAGUUUCGUUAGCAUCUGACUAUACUUUUUUGUUAUGAUUCCAACUAAAUGGCAAUCAAACAAACCCCAAAUCACUUUUAGUUACUUUUCAAUUACUUCAAUAGAAAACAUGUAAAUAUGUUUUUAGUUGCACAUCCUGGAAAACAACGUCCACACAACAGUUUAUAUGUAUUAUUCAUUCUUACUAAUAUGUUUAGUUGUGUACUAACACAUACAUUUGUACUUCUGCUAAUAUUUAAGAAGUGAUGAUGAUGUUAUGGUUCAGUGUGCCCCUUCACAGGCUUGCUGUCUCCAAAACAAGUCUCCACCAUGGUGGUGCCAGCGGUCCUACUACCGUACUUGUACACUAUACAAUAUAAUUAUGCACACCUUUUGUACAAUACACAUUUUUGUUUGUACUAGCAAUUUGAAACCAGCGCUGUAUCCUUUGCAUGUGACCUUGU